ACUUCUACCACCGUUCUGCCACUAGACCGAGAGCAAGGGCCCGGGAGUAACAUCUCGAGCUCAACCUAUGAGGACGCGCCUUGGGCGGGGCAGACGGAUGUACCUGCACAGGUCACUUGUUUGUUCGCUCGUGCCCAGUGAUUUCCAAGAGGUUGGCGAAGUCUACAAGCCAGCAAACUGUUUUGUUACCAUGGAUUACGUCGGACAACUAAAUGUAUUGUAUAAAUUACAGGAAUAGCAGAAGUAACUACUUUAUAGGCCUACUACAAACUAUAAGGACUUCAUUCGUACAGUCAUGACAUAGAGUGUGCCGUGGAAACGACCCCUCUACCCAUAGGCUACAACGGGUGAAACGAUGCAAGAUUUACAUUUAUCUGAUGAUCUGUGCCAAAAUGCAACCGUUCUCAGGCUGGUCUGUCCAGGCCGAACCUCCACUUGUGUGAUAAACCCAGAGUCCUUCCUCAACGUCUCCGUCACCCUCCUGGGCCAAAGCAACACCACAGCAGGUGGAGAGCAAGAGCUGGCCAUAGACAAAUGGAACAACUACAACUUCUGGAUCGGCUUGACCCUCGCCAUCCUGUCUGCCGUCCUGAUUGGUGGGAGUGUGAUCCUGAAGAAGAAGGCUUUGCUUCGCCUCGCCAGCAACGGGCAGACAAGAGCAGGUGACGGUGGACAUGGGUACCUGAAAGACUGGAUAUGGUGGGGUGGACUUCUUACAAUGGGCGCUGGAGAGGUGGCCAACUUUGCUGCAUACAUGUUCGCCCCAGCCACUGUGGUCACUCCCUUGGGAGCUCUGAGUGUGCUUAUCAGUGCAGUUCUCUCCUCCUACCUGCUGGGAGAGUCGAUGAACCUGUUGGGGAAGAUGGGAUGUGUGCUUAGCCUGUUGGGAAGCACCAUCAUGGUGAUCCAUGCGCCAGAGGAAGAGGAGGUGACAACCUUACGCGAGAUGAUGGACAAAUUACUAGAUCCUGGUUUCCUGGUGUAUGCCACCAUCUUGUUGGUCACCUGCGUGGUGCUCAUCUCCUAUGUGUCUCCACGCGUGGGCCAGAGCAACAUCCUGGUCUACAUCAGCAUCUGCUCUCUGCUGGGCGCCUUCACCGUCUCCUCCGUGAAGGGCCUGGGCAUCGCCAUACGCACCGUCUUCUCCGACGUCACCGUCCUCAGCAACCCCCUCACCUGGAUCCUGCUGUUCACGCUCGUGGCCUCCAUCGUCACGCAGGUGAACUACCUGAACAAGUCCCUGGACACCUUCAACACGCUGCUGGUCUACCCCAUCUACUACGUCUUCUUCACCUCCGUGGUGCUCACCACCUCCAUCAUCCUCUUCAAGGAGUGGGGCGCCAUGACGGGCGUGGACAUCGUGGGCACCCUAGGCGGCUUCCUGGUCAUUGUGCUGGGCGUCAGCAUGCUACACCUCUUCAAGGACGUGCAGGUGACCUUGAGGGGGCUGCAGAGUAGCCUGUGCCAGCCGGUGCCCAGGGAGGGCGAGGGGGGAGGAGGGGAGGGGAGGGGGGGAAGGAGGCCGAAGAGGGAGGACAAGCACAUACUCAUCGAGAACAUCGAGUGCCUGCCGCCCAUGAGGGAGGACGGGCCUCGAGUGUUUAUCAUCAGCUAAGAGACUCAAGCGCAUUUCAUUUGUGUUUGGAGCUAAGAGACUAUAAUGCAUUUCAUUUGUGUGUGGAGCUACAGUAAGAGACUGUAGUGCAUUUAAUUUGUGUGUGGAGCUAAGCGACUCCUGUGCAUUUCAUUUGUGUGUGAAGCUAAGCGACUAUAGUGCAUUUCAUUUGUGUGUGGAGCUAAGCGACUAUACUGCAUUUAAUUUGUGUGUGGAGCUAAGAGACUCCUCUGCAUUUCAUUCAUGUGUGGAGCUAACAGACUCUAGUGCAUUUCAUUCGUGCGUGGAGCUACUGAAUGUUCAUUUCAUUUGUGUGUGGAGCUGAGAGACUGUAGUGGUGCAUUUUGUGUCUGUCUGCACCCGUGCCUCUGAAAGGCCCUGACAUUUAACAAAAAUGUAAAGUGCCUUGAGUAAGUCAUGGCAAUACUUUUUAAAAAUAGAAAAAAAGAGGUAUCGCACACCAAUACAGUCUUUCUUGAGGUGCUGGCUUCCUGAGCAUA